UUCAACAGAAAGAAAAUGUACAGCGACGAUAAAUGCAUUUUGAUUCGAUCUAAGUAAGCUGAUAUUUGUUAGUCUUGCGAUAAGAUUUUUUGUUUGUAAUUUAAAUUUGCAUUUGCGAUCUGCUGGUUCGACUGGCAUAGUGUUCUUAAAUUUUGAAAGUCUCAAAGUGCUGUUAGCAGGCAAUUUAAAAACAAAUCGAAAUGAAUUCGCGAAGCAACUCUACCUCUGAACCGGACAAGAUCAUGGAGUGUCCGAUAUGCUCCGAUACCAUGACCGUACCUAUUAUCCAAUGCGAAGUGGGUCACCCCAUGUGUCAAAGUUGUGUGACUGCGAACAAUGUUCGUAGCUGUCCCAUUUGCAGAGGACCCAUGACUAACCGGAGAAUGUUACCUCUGGAGCAGCUAAUCGAAAGUAUUAAGGACAAGUUGCUGGUACCUUGCUUUUUUCAUACCAAGGGUUGCCAAUACACGAUGAAGAUUGAACAUAAAUACGAACACGAAUCCCAGUGUAGAUAUCGAAAUUUCAAAUGCGAGGGAAAAGUGUUUGCCCUGUGGGACUGCCAGUGGAUGGGCGACUACAAAGAUUUGUAUAAUCAUUUUAAGCAGGUGCACAAGAAUACGAGCAUGCAAUACAGAACGGAGGCAAAUUUGAAAAUAAAUUUCCAGUCGAAUCACAGGGACGUUCAGCUAAUAUCGUUUUUCAACGGCCAAUCGUAUUUCUAUUACAAGCACAUGGUAGACGUGACGAGGCAAAAGCUCUACUUUACCUUCCAGUACGUCGGACUGAAGUCGAGUGCCAAAAACUACUACUACGAGUUCGAGGUGCACCAAGGACCGGUGCGAAAAUUCAAGGUCACCGAAAUUUGUGAGAGCGACGUCGUCAGAGCUGAAGAUAUCUUCGACAGUGAGAAAUGCGUUGUUAUGUCGUUCGCGACAGCCAAAACUUUCUUAAACUCCCAGGGAGAGUUACCCUUUAAGUUCAGAAUCAUGUCGUCUAAAAAAGGCGAUUCAAAAAGAAUAUAACCUUGCCACAUGUUGAAGUUUUUAGUCACCUAAUUAUUUAGUAACUAGAACAUUCUAUGUUAGUAUUUUUUUAUUACCAUUACAUAUUUGUACUUCUACAAAACAUUCGUUUUCACCUAAUUCGAAUGCUAAGUAUCUAAAAUAAAUCACUGUGACAAAGGCUGCAGUUAAUAAUUGGUACUAAAAGUACAGCAACCGCAUUGGAUAAGUUUCAGGUCGUAUUUGCAUGGUCAUUGUUUUAAAAUUUUCAGAAUAUGUGCAUCGAAAUUUUUAUUGUAUGAAAAAUUAUAAACAAUAAUAAUAACGACAACGACAUAAUAAUAAAACUGUAAAAGCAUAUCCAAAAAACCCGAACAAUAAAUUAUUAUUCUCUGAUAUAAAUGUCUACUCCAGUCGAAGAAGUAUUGCACGUCCUUUAGCAGUGAGAUAUAGAGAGUAUAUCAAAAAAAUUGAAGUUAACCUACCAAGAGAACUGAUAGAUGAUAAUGAUGAGGUAACAACUGCAAACAACUUGUUACCAAGAAGAAGUCAAUUCAGACAAUAUCAGAAGUAAAGGCAUACAGAGCUACCCAGACUUGAAGCAGUGAGAGCUUUUAGAUUAUCUACAAGACACACAACCCUUACCCACAAACAUCUCCUUAACGGUGAACCUCCUCCAAAGUGUGACAUGUGUGAGGGAUAUUUGACCGUCAUUCACAUGAGAAUCCAAUAUAU